AUGUCCAAAGGCGGGGGAGAGCGGCCGAUGCCCAUUCUAGACGGAGAGACUUUCCCAAACUUUGAGAAAAAAGCCUCGGCUAUCGCACGCUAUAGCAUCGGAUCACUCUGGCAUUCACCAUCGAGAUCUAGAUCACGAUGCGAGGAGGCAAAGAGAAGAGUCCAGAGACCUGGACGUAUGUUGACUGUGGCCCCGCGUCUGAUCCGAGUCUUACGAAUGCUUCAAGUCGACGACGGAAUCCAUGACCAACAUCCUGCGCAUUUCGUGGAUGUGCAGGACGCUAACCGUACUCUUAGUCACAAGACUCCCUUUCCAAAAAGCGAGGGAGAAUUCUGGGGUUCAAGUUUCCAAGGUUACCCCGGCGGCCAGGCCAUGUGGUUGAACGAGCGAGCUCGUUUCUCGUCAGCCAUUUGCAGGACCACACGCAAGACCACACUGGCUGCUUUACUACCACAGCGUGUACAGUACAUUCCUCUCAGGUCCCAAUACACUUGGGUGCGCAGACGAGGCCUACAGCCCAAAGUCCGGCGUAAUGUUCAGCAGAGAGCAUGUUACCUUGGAUAA